UUUCAGGAGCAAUGGUUUAUGUGAACGCGAAUGUCGAUACAAAAGUCGAUAACCGCAAAGAUAAUUGCGACAAUACAAAUACCUAUUCACACACCGUGGACCGAAAAGACAAUUUCGACAAUACGACUACCAACACGAAAACCGUGAACCGAAAUGAUAAUUGUAACAACCAAGAGGAAGGUGAUGUGAAUAUGUAUCGCCGCAAUGAUAAUUGUAACAACCGAGAGGCAACAAACUCUAGAAGUGCUAAUUAUUCUAUUCAUAAUCAAGGAAUGAUAAACUGCUACAAUGGAAUCGCCAUUGACAAUCGGGCGUUCAAUUCGUCGGGCGCGAAUACCAUGGCCGGAACAGAAUUUUUGCGGGCUUUCCUUGACGCACCAAUGUCAGUCAUGCCAGGCAGUCGGAAGAACGCAAUCAUGGAUCGGCAAGAAGGAUCCACUCAGCCAGCUAUCAGAUAUAACAAUCGUUAACAUCUUGCAAGACCCUAAUUCUUAACAUCUGGAAAAAACUAUUUAAUUUUCUUUCUGAAUUUUUUUUAUUGUUCUGAACAAUAUAUCAAUUUGUUAAUAAGUGAGAGUUGUUUCCUACCCAGCAAUAAAUUUUUAUCGCAAUGACAUU